UUAAUGGGACGGUAUAUAUAAGUUAAAUACAGGAAGUUUCGGUGAGUAGUGAACGAAGUAGAGAGGAGACAUUCGCACUACUAAGUUUAUCACCACUGCUGUACACCAUAUGAACCCAUAUGGCUCCGAUCUUAAGUGUGGUUUCACACUUUUAAGAAAAGGUGUAGUGAAUUAUUACCAACUGGGAACAUAAAUGGAACUUUCUAAUACAAAGGAAUCUUCUGGUAAAUCUCAUACUAUGACUUCAGAUGUCCAUCAAUGUUCUCCCAGUGCGGACAUAUCAAUAAACCAAUCUAAUCCCCAGAAAUCUCAGACUAUGACUUCAGAUGUGCAUCUAAAUUCUCCCAGUGCGGACACAUCAAUAAACCCAUCUAAUCCCCAGAAAUCUCAGACUGUGACUUCAGAUGUCUAUCGAAGUUCUCCCAGCGCAAACUCAUCAAAAAACCCAUCUAAUCCCCAGAAAUCUUCAUUAAAACAUAAGGAAGUUCACACGGGGAAGAGUUUAUUAUCCUGUUCUGUGUGUGGGGAAUCCUUCAUGGAAAACAGAAACCUUCUUAAACACCAGAGAAGCCACGCUGGUAAGCGUCCUUAUUCAUGUUCAGAGUGCGGACAAUGUUUCACUCAGAAAGGAGAUCUUAUUCUACACAAGAGAGUUCACACGGGUGAGCGUCCUUUUUCUUGUUUGGAGUGCGGGAAAUGUUUUGUACAGAAAAUCACCCUCCUCAGACACCAGAAAACUCACACGGGUGAGCGUCCUUUUUCUUGUCCGGAGUGCAGGAAAUGUUUCGCUCAGAAAAUAAAUCUUGUUGCACACCAGAAAAUUCACACGGGUGAGCGUCCAUUUUCCUGUUCAGAGUGCGAGAAAUGUUUCAUCAAAAAAGCAGAUCUAAUUUUACACCAGAGAACUCACACGGGUGAGCGUCCUUUUUCCUGUUCAGAGUGCGGAAAAUGUUUUGCACAGAAAGUUGCCCUUCUUAAACAUAGCAGAAUUCACACGGGUGAGCGUCCUUAUUCAUGUUCAGAGUGCGGGAAAUCUUUUGUCCAGAAAGGAACACUUUCUAAACACUUUCUAAAAUUCACACAAAUAAGUAUUCAUGUUUAGAGUGUGGAAAAUCGUUCACUGAGAGAAAUGUUUUUUUCCUACACCAGAGAAUUCACACCAUGGAGCGUUCAAACUGCACUCCUUAGACUACAGGAAAUGUGUUAAAGAUAAAGAAAGGCCCGGAGCAAAAGAACAAAAGAAUGCUGUGAGCGGUGUUUAGUAGUGAUAAGAGGGCAGCGGGGAGGGGACAGUAGGUAUUAAAUAGAAUCGGCCCCUCCCCUGGGUUAACACAGCGUUGGGAAAGUUCCCACCCACCCUCCCUUUUUGACUUGGUGAUUUGUUUCU